AUUGGAUUAUGGACACGGGGAGCGGUCAGGAACGCAGUCGGGGAGGAGAGCAACUGUGGGUGCGGAUUUGUGCUGCUGUGCGGUUUUUGACAUCAAACACCGAGCCGACCGAGGAGGAACAACGGACACGAAGACAGUGGUGAUCUGCUUAAAGGUUUCUCCGUUUCCUCUUGGUGUGGAACGAUCGACCCAACGAGCCCAGGGUUUACUUUGUGCAAGCAGACAUUCUUGUAACCUUGAACAAUGGGAGAAUAUGAUGAGAAGAAAGAGACUUGUGGCACCAUCUGCCUUAAAUAUCUGCUGUUCACCUUCAACUUCUUUUUCUGGCUGGCAGGAGGUGCGGUGAUGGCUGUUGGUAUCUGGACUCUGGUGGAGAAGAGUGACUACAUAAGUUUGUUGUCUUCCAGCACAUACGCUGCAACUGCUUACAUCCUUGUCAUAGCAGGAGUCAUUGUUAUGGUGACAGGAAUUCUGGGCUGCUGUGCCACAUUUAAGGAGCGCCGGCAGCUCCUAAGAGUGUAUUUUGUACUACUACUGUGUAUCUUUUUGUUGGAAAUCUUAGCUGGGAUCCUGGCCUACAUCUAUUAUCAGCAGCUGAAUGAUGAGCUGAAGGAGAACUUAAGGGACACCAUGACCCAGAAGUACAAGCAACCUGGUGAAGAGCAGGUCACCAAGGCAGUGGACAAGCUGCAGCAGGAAUUUAAGUGCUGUGGCAGCAACAACUCUAUGGACUGGAAGGACAGCCGGUGGCUUGAGCAGCCAGGUUUUGAAGGACACAAGGUGCCAGACAGCUGCUGUAAGACUGUCACAGAGGCCUGUGGAAAGCGUGAUCAUCCAUCCAACAUUUACAAAGUUGAGGGAGGAUGCAUAACCAAGCUGGAGACCUUCAUCCUAGAUCAUUUGCGCUUAAUUGGUGCUGUGGGUGUUGGCGUUGCCUGUGUGCAGGUCAUUGGGAUGAUCUUCACAUGCUGCCUUUACAAGAGUCUCAAACAAGAGCCUUAUUAAUAGAAACUGGGUCUCGCCACUGCUGAACUCUUUUUCUGCACCUUUACUUUAUGCCACUACCAAACUUCAGAACUGGCCUACAGACACAGAAGAAUAGCCUUUGUAGGUUAUACUACACCCUUAGCCUGCUUGGCAAAAAGAGGGAUUCAGACCUUAUUAGCCAUUGGCCCAAGGCUGCUUUGUGGAGGGGAUACUGUCCUAAUGAUCACAUUGCAGGCUGUUUCAAGGCUCCAUGAAAGGUUUGCACCCAAAUGUUUAGAUAAAAAUUUCUCAGGUAUUGGUAUAUUGAAAUGGCAGUAAGAAUUGACCUGCAUAGUAACCUGCUUUUAACUGAAAAAUAUAAUUGAGCUUCAGCCUCAUAAAAAAAACAAAGUGAAAAUAACAAAGGAUUUUGGGUCACAAAAACCCAAAUAGUUUUAAAUAGAGCAUCUGAAACCAAUGCAUGAUGUCCUGUUCUGCCAUGCCAGUUAACCUUACCUUCACCUCAGUAUAGUUUUGGAUUGGUACUAAACCUGUAACUUUGGUAUCGAUACCAGCUUUCAGAACUCAGUAAAAGUACCAAAAUGGUUCCAAAGUUAAUACAUCUCCAGCCUCCCUUGUGUGCCACACUAUGCACCACUUCCCUCCAGAUAGCUGUGACAUCGUGAAGUCCCAUUUUCAUGCCAUUAUGUAGUGAUGUAUCCUCUAUUAAGUCCUUAUCAUGUUGAAGCAUGUAGUUUUGUUUCAUUCAUCUUAAAAAAGACAUUUUUCCACAAUUUUAGUAGCAAGUGUUGAGUGUCAGGGUCCAGGGAUGUGUUUCGAGAGCAAAGCUGACAUUAACUUCCAGCAUUGAAAAUCCUGAAAUGUUGGAACUGUACCAUUUUAAAAUUUGGGUUUUUCGGUACUUUCCCUGUUUCAGUGUAAUGCACAACCAUACCCCAGUAUGGAUCUAACAAUUGUAAAGAAAUUUCCCCUUUGUCAAAAAAAAUGUUUUUUUAUACACAAGAUGAUUUACAUGUAUAAAAGUACCUGAAUGUUUAAAAAAGUACACAAUCCCCCAAUAAUUAUAAUGAUCUGUGAAGGAAACAUUCACAUGAUCGAGUUCUCCUGUAAUUGCACCAAGUAAAGACAUUUUUGAUGCUAUCCACUUCAACUGGAUAUUUAUGGGGGCUGGAAUGUGGCACUAUUUGAUUUUAGGUCUUUUACCUUUCAUUGAAGCUUAACCUCUGAUCACUGACCAAUACCAUUCAAUAGAUAAGAAAAAAAUGAAUGGGCACAGCAUAUUAGGAUCUUGAAUAAUUCCAAAUAGUUGGAGAUGAUCUUAGCAGUUCAGCGCAGUUGGCAGGAAUUAGGAGAUAAUAUUUUGUUAAAGAAACCACGGCCAUCAUGUCCUUAUAAGGUUCAAGUGGUAUUAGGCAGGUAAAAGAAAUAAAACUGAAAAGUGCAUCUGCCCUGGUGUGUUCCAUUUCUCAAAAAAAGGCGCUUUACUCAAAAGACUUCGGUUUUGUCUCUAUAUGGUAAUUAGAAAUUGCAUUUAUAAAUCAAAAUAAUUUGAACUGUAUGUCCUUUUUUAAAGCCAGAGGGUUUAAUCCUUGUUCACUUAAUAUUAGGAUAGAAGCAUUCUUCUGAACGUUUUGUAUGAUUUCUAUAGCCCAGUUCAUUUGUAUUUUGUAAUUAUUACUAAAUGUCAAAUGACUUUGAAGGAUGUGUGAUCCUAGCAAUUGUCCCUGUUCAUAUUUACACUUAAUUCUGUAAUAAGGCUUGCUUAUAUCAACUGAUCAAUUGCAGAUUGUGUACAAAUCUAGAAGUGAAUGAGAGAAGGUGCAGUUCUUGAUUGAUACCUGCCCUUAACAUGUGACACCAUCGUCUGACCACCUGCACAUCUGUAGAUGAACAUCUACUGUUAAGACACCUGAAUGGCCUUGAGGAUUUUUUCCUCCUGUAUUAUCUUGCAUAAAAUAUGGAGGGCACCAGUAGACCACAAAGCCCCUGCAGGCUCGCCCAGUAAGUGGCAGUCUAGUCCUAGAGAGCUGUUUGCUUGUGUUUGUGUGUAAAGAUGCUGAAGUCUCCCAGUGCCAAUUGAAAAAACUUUGUUUUUGCUGCCAAAGCGAAGUGUGUUAUUUGUAAAAUGAUAAAGCUGAAAGACAAAUGUUGUGUCACAAUUGCAUUAAAGUCCGGGAGAAUUCAUUGGACUUAAAAA